AUGGUGCUUACUGCCUCGGGUCGCUGCCCUGCCGUCGUUCCCCAAUGCCGGGGGUCUGACAGCACAUGUGCACGCUCGGCAACCGCUCCGGCGCACGAGAGCCGCCAAGCGCGACAAGCCCUCACCCGUCGCAGGAAGUUUCAAUGGAAUACACCCCUGGCUGCCCGAGCUCGUGCCAAAAUCGAAGUUGAUGCGCGUUUUGCAGCAUGGGGGCACUGUCCUACUGCGAUGCGUUAUGGUGCAAGCACAGAAGGCCAGAGCUUCAAGCCAUUACUUUAUCCUCUCCCUCGCGCGUCUGCGAAGGCAAGCCUUGUUCGGGGGUUGGGGGAGCGCCUCUCUGCCCAGUCGCAGGAAGGCGAAUCGGGUUGCAUUGCAGCUUACGCGGUGGGUAAGGUAACAAAGAUGUCAGAAGCAAAGGACGGUGGCUUGGAGUUUGAAGAUCCUUACGGAGACGACUUGGACGAUGAAGAGCAGCAGGAACUGGAACGGGUGCUGCGUAAGCAGCAGCGGAAGCAGCAGCAGCGUGGCGGCAGUAAGAGCGACAGCAACAAGAAGGCCGUAGCAAGUGCUGCGGAGGAGGACUGGAGUGAAGAAUCCGAGUCCGAAGAAAUGGAUGCCGACGAGGACGAAGAUGAGGAUGAUGCAGAGCGUUUGCAGGUUUGGAGGCCAGGUGUCGAUACACUUGGAGAAGAUGAAAUAUUGGAGUGCGACGCGAGCGCCUACGAGUUUCUGCAUAGACUACAGACGGCGUGGCCGUGCCUGUCCUUCGACUUCAUUCCGGACUCCCUUGGCGCGGCGCGCACUAAGUGUCCACAUACGUGUUACGCCGUGGGCGGCACACAAAGCGAAGAGGGCGGCGACGGUCUCUACAUCAUGAAGUGGCAUCGGCUGCACAAGACACAGCACGAUGAUGAUAGUUCGCUUUCGGAAGAGGAGAGCGAUGAGGAGGAAAGCGAAGAGGAUGCCAAGCUCGAGUUUCGUAUUAUAGCGCACAAGGGCGCGGUUAACCGAGUCCGCUGCUGCCCUCAGAUGCCGCGGCUUACUGCCGCGUGGUCCGAUAUGGGUGUUGUUGGAGUUUGGGAUAUUGACAAGCACCUCAAGCGGCUCGACGAACCGGGUGCUGCAGGGCCCCCUCCUGAUCCUCACCAGAAACCAAUGUAUGAAUUCAAAGGUCAUGGUGAAGAGGGUUUUGCAAUGGACUGGAACCCUCUGCACGUGGGCAAGCUGUUGUCCGGGGAUGUCGCGGGGCAGGUGUUUUUGUGGCUGCCCCGAGAGGGAGGAUGGGAUGUGCAGCCUUUGUUCCAGAGCAAAAAGAAUAAGGGGACUAAGAAGGGGCCCCUGGCAACCGUGGAGGAGCUGCAAUGGAAGCCGUUAGAUGACGGCAAGGGAGAGAUUUUUGCUGCAUCUUCUAAUGAUGGAUCUAUAAAGUUGUGGGAUUUGCGAAUUGGCUGCUCCUCCCCUUCCGCGGCUUUGAUUGACGCUCACAACUCGGAUAUCAAUGCUAUGCGCUUUUCCCCGCUGCAUGCGCAUUUGAUCCUCUCCGGAGAUGAAGAAGGCACUGCCAAGGUCUUUGACCUGCGGUGCCCCCAGAUGCCUCUCUCAGAAAUGGAGUGGCACAAGAAACCAAUUACGUGCGUGGAUUGGCAUCCAAGCGACGAAGCUGUUUUCGCAGUUUCUUCGUUAGACGACUCUUUGACCAUUUGGGAUAUGUCUGUGGAGAGGGAGGGCAAUGCGCAGCCUCAAGAGGGCAACCUGCCGGAGCAACUGAUGUUCGUGCAUGGUGGCCAACAACACAUCUCGGAGCUGCACUUCCACCCCCAAAUCCCUGGAUGUAUCGCCACAACAGCCAGCGAUGGCUUCAAUGUCUUCAAGACUAGCAAUAUCUGA